AUGGCAUCCAAAAUCAACCUCGCCAUCCAGCGACUCGCUAUGCCCACACUCAAGGCCAUGGUCGCCCCAGCUACCAGGCUCGACAUCCAGCAGCCACGUCUCCUCUCAACCACUGCAGCCCUGACCAAGAGACUUACCCCCUCCGAGUACCGCUGCUCCGUAAGGAGAGCCCUCGAGGAACGCAAGACGCUCACCAAACCAAUGCCAAGCGCCUUCACCUGGCCUCAUCGGACGAACGGGAAAGAAACCGUCAGAUCUGGGCCCCUCAGUGGAACCAAUCCCCUAAGAAGAGUCAAGGCUCCCAACCCAGGUCUCAACCAAGUCAACAAGACGGAGCCGAUGCAGAGCGCAAUCAUCCCCGCGUCUCCCAUAAAGAUGUCCGACCUCAAGAAGAAGCUCCCCAGCGGCUAUCAGGGAACUAUCAAAAUGGCAAAGAAAGUAAACGCUAUCCCCGUAAUGUGGAAAGUCGCCGGCCUGACGGCCCUCGCCUCCCUCGGCACCUACGGCGCCAUCGGGCAAUACCAGACCAUGUUGGAGGCAGAGGCCAGAAAGAAGAGAAUUGCGGAGGAAAACGAGGCUUGGAGAAGAUAUGAACAGGAACUGUGGGAGAAAGGAAAUUCCAUAUCGCCUGCCUCGGGCGUGCUCAACGAUGGAUCGUAUCCCUUUGCUUUGUUUUACCACUAG